CUUGCUGACUAGCUACAAACUAGCUACAAAACGUGGUUUAAGUUAUGCAGAAAUUAAUGUCUCUUUAGUAGCCAAAAAACGACCCCUUAUUGUAUAUUCAAGUUGCAAAAUCGAAGUUAUUUAAUCAUUUAUGGCUUCUUCACGUAAUUCUAGAUUAGCAAUCAUUAGUAGACACUUCACUUCAGCAACUUCUCCCUCUAAGCAUGGCCUUAAUGGUCAAAAUUUGGGGUGGAUUAAGAUAUCUCCGGAGGUUUCCAUAGCAUUAAAACAUGGAAGCCCGAUUGUUGCAUUGGAAUCGACUAUAAUAUCUCAUGGAAUGCCAUAUCCUCAGAAUUUCGAGACAGCAAAAGAGUUGGAGGUCAUUGUGAGGGAGCAUGGAGCUGUACCUGCCACUAUAGCUAUUCUGGAUGGCAUACCAUGCAUGGGUGUCUAUCUGAUACUUCGUUUUAUUGGGUUCUUUUCUCUUUUCUUGGUUGGAGGCUUGACUACUGAAGAACUAGAGAAUCUAGCACAUCUUGGUAGUAAAGCUCGGAAAACUGCUAGUAGAGACAUUGCACUUGUUAUGGCAGGCAGAGAGAAUGGAGCAACUACUGUCUCUGCAACAAUGCAUCUCGCUUCAAUGGUUGGUAUUCCAAUAUUUGUGACCGGUGGUAUUGGAGGAGUUCAUAGACAUGGAGAUAACAUUACAGCAAUGGAUAUUUCUUCUGAUCUUACUGAGCUUGGAAAUACUCCUGUGGCUGUGAUCUCUGCUGGUGUAAAAUCGAUAUUAGAUAUUCCUCGAACACUUGAAUAUUUGGAAACUCAAAGAGUUACUGUUGCAGCUUAUAAAACCGAUGAGUUCCCUGCUUUUUUCACACAAACUAGUGGCUACAAGGUUCACAUUUUGUCAUUAAUCCUAUGAUUUAACUCCUGUUAUAUGUUUCGAUCAUAUAGAUCCUUUCCAACUGUUCCACUCAAAGAUAGAAAAGAUGAUGUUUUUUGCAUUAGUACCGCAUAUGUUCCACAAAAUGUAAAAGAGGACAUGUAUGCACUAAGAUCCCACUGUAAGAGAGGAGCUUCAAAAAGAUGUUCGAAAAUGCUCUGUCGAAACCAUUUUACUUGUUACAGUUAGAGAAAAAUACAGUGACACCCCUCUUCUGGCAUUCGUUCUUUAGUAUUACAAGUAACCCCUUUUUCAGGCUAAACCCUUGAAACCAAAUACCCUAUACUCACAAAAGGUGUAAAGAGUAGUGGACAGUCUAUGUUACCAAUUUCAAAAAAAAAUAAAAAAAAUGGAGGACAGUCAGCAAUGUUUUUAGGAAAAUGUUACCGCGUUCUCAAACUUAGAAGCCUGAUUCUGGCUUUGAUUGUGGAAACUAACAUUUUGAAGAACAGAAAUGCCAAAAUAUGUUAUGGUCUGUCUGCUACUCGGCUAAGGAUAAUUGAGGAGAGAUAGAAAGAGUAAAGUGAGAGAGCCAUAUAGUUUAUAAUGUCUCAAUGUUUCAAGAAUUUCCUGUCAGGCUCUUGAUAAGUACAGUAGAUCUUAUAUACUCACUAUAAAAGGGGAACAAUUGUAAAACUAGCGUGGUUUACAAGUUUCAUUGAACAAACAAAGUGGACUAUUGAAACAGUCAUAGAAACCCUCCCAAUAUAUGAGAAGCUGGUAAUGGAAUUAUAAUAACUUAUAGCUUCUUCUGUAGUACUCCAUCUUUUCAUUUUAUGUCCACUCAUUUCUUUUUGGUAUGUUCAAAAAAGAAUGAAACAUUUUUAUAUUUGGGAACUCUUUUAUUUGACACCUCUCAUUUUACCCUAAUGACAUACUCUUACAGCCAUAGGAAUGUCAUGACAUAUUUAAGAACAAGUUCUAGGACUACCUUUGGUAUGGUAUAUUUAUUCAGUUUACCCUACUUUCUUAAACACCAUACCUGGUAAGCACCGCUUUAUCAAAUGAAACGGAGGGAGUAAAUUGCUAUACUGAAUUGUGAAGUGAAGUAUAGGAAAAAAGGAGCAAACAUUAUUACAUGCUGAAAUGUGAUGCUCGUCAACACCAAACAUUAACAUGGUCAAAAGGCACCUGCUCGAGCAGAAUCGCCAGAACAUUGUG